AUGCGGUCAUUCGUCAUGGCGGGCUCGCACCCUAUUUGGUGCUUCAUCACUCCUCUCUUAUUGACCUCAACUUUGGCCCAAGCUGCUCGUGAAGCUGUUCACAAGCCUCAAUACGUCCAGGAGCCCACCAUUGUCGAGUUCGACGGCAUUUUCCCCGUCAUCGAAGAAACCUACGCCCCAGCCUCCGCCUUCCCGCUCGUCCUGGCUGUCCAGAACGCCACAGCAGCCCUUGCACUCCGUCCCCAAGUGUAUUGGUAUCUUCGAACGGUGCCGGAGGAUAUGCACCACGAGGAUCCAGCCACUCUCGAGUACUUGUUUAAGCAGCCCGCUAUCGAGUCGGGCGUCAUGACCGAGCUAGGCUGGAGUCUGCCCGACGGUGCCCCGUCCAACUUCUCAACCGACAACCUUAAGGACGGCGUCUACUACUACACGGCCUGGACGGGAAUGCUCAACGACACGGUGCCCGAGGGCGUAUAUUCCGUCACGUGGCUCAUCAACUACGUAAACUGCACCGACCUCGUGGACCCAGAUUGGCAAUCCAACCCGUCGUCGGCGAGCCUGGUGGUGCACCACACCUUUUACGUCGAGAAGGGCAACAAGGGCACCGCCAAGAAACCCGACCUGAGCGAGCUUGCGGCCUCUUCUCCCGAUUGCCCGUACUACAGCACUGUAGUCCAGGUCCUGGGCGAAGCGUGGAUGGAGGAAGGGCAUGAUGGUCAUGAUUAUCACAUUUGUGCCCGGCUGGCGGGUUGGGGAACUUUUUCGUUGCCGCGGGAUAGCUCGUGUCAGGCUAAGCUUGGUCUAGAAGCUGCGGCGAGUAUUUCGGCUGGGGCGCCGACAGGAUUCGAACUUGCGGCGACGGCGACGACGACGGCGACAGCGACAACGCCGGCAGUAACAGUGGCUAGUGGCUCAGCUGAGUCUGCCGCAAUUGCGGAGGAGCCGAAGAAGGAAAGUCGGGCGUGUAGGGCUGGGCCGGGGUCGUCGUCGUCAUUGUUGGGGUCGUGGGUAGCGGUAGGGGUAGGGCUCAUCACGCUUUUCAUGGUGGUGUGA